UAAAUAAAAUCGAGGGCGCUUAUCUCAUGCAGGUCGUGCUCAGGAGUUGUAAAUUACCUCAGACCACUGAAUUGCCGCGUAAUCAAACACAACAGAACAACAUUUAGAACAAUAGCAACAACCUGAAGGAAAGUUCACAGCAUGUGAUGUUGCACUGCUUGCUAGUAUUCAAUGAUGAGGUGCUAAUUUCUCAUAGAGAUUACUAUAAUUGUAUUCAUUAGUAACACAAAAGCCUGCCCACAUACAAAUGCCCCACCAGCAACUGUUGAAGUUGCAGAGACAAUAUAUACAGAUAUCCCAAGAUUGAGGGCACCAUAGAAAAUUAAAAACCCCAAUAAGAAGCAAAGAAGAGGGGAAGGAGGCUGCACUUUACAACAAGAGGCUCCUAUGUUUCAAACAUGUUCAGCAUUCAACAUAAUUACAUACUUUAAUAAUAAAGGAUGGCCAUUGAUCUUGCAAAUCAAUCAGCUUAUGAGGAUUGAGGACUUGGGCAGAGAUUUCAUCAACCCUAAACCAGACAUAACACGUCAAAUCUUUAUAUCAUCCAUAUCAAUUUUACUGAUUUCAAAGUCAGAAUUUAAUGAGAUUCUCUUCAAGUUUGAGUCUUUGCACUUCAAAAAUGCCCAAACAUAAGUUUUAUGAACCAAAAAAAUUCAUCCACAUUCCACAACAAGCAUCACAGAACAUCAUUUACAAUCAGUAGAAAAAAUCUAGGCCAAUGCUAACUCUGAAGUCUCAAUCUCGAACCACACAAAGAGGCAAGAACAUUAAACCACAGGAUGUCAAGAAACCAUCAAUGAAUCCUAAAAUUGAGCACAUUGGCAAUAUUUCUUCACAUAUUACACACAGUACAUUCAGAUUACAGCUCACUACAGCAGCAUCGAGAAAAAUUGGAAUAAGAAAGAAAGAAAGAGGAAGCGAUGAAAUCAGAAUUCACAAGAGAAGACCUGGGAAGGCAAUCGCCAAGCUUCAGAUUUAGAAAAGCACAUGUCAUCCAGAGCAUCGCUCCGGCACCACCUGCACUUGGUGUUCUGGCUGCAUUCGGAUCUGGAUUCCAUUUCACCGCAGUCACGCUUCGGGUCGACCCGAUUAGGGUUUCUACUUUUGGCGUCGGAGGCGGUUAAUUUCGGCCCGCGGAUUUGAUUCCGAGCAGCAUCAUUGGGAAUCGCAGCAGCUUGUGACGAAUUGGAGGUGAGGUUUAGUGAGGAGAUCAGCAAUAAAAAUGUGGUUAUUAAUUUAAAGGCUUCCAUUAAUUUAGGAUUGAAACGCAGAGAUACUAAAAAUAGGAUCAGUUGGUUGUAAGCUCGGAAUCCUGAGAAGUACAGUGAAGAUUGUAGAGAGAGAAAGUUGAAAUUUCUGUUGUUUCCUGCCAGGGGUCAGUUUGUAAUUUACGUAAAAUCAGGGGGAAGAAAGAAAAUUCCCUCCGAGGGUAGUUUGUAAUUUACAAAGAAUUUACGUAUGAGAAAUUAUUAAACCAAGUUUACAGGAAUUAUUUAAUAAACCAAACACGGCAUCAACUUUCGACGUCAUCAUAAAUUAUUCUCAGAGGUUUGCAUAUUCUUCCCUAUUCGUUUCGCAUCAAAAUUUAAUUACUUGUUUUCUGCAGAUAUGUAUUGACUACCAAAAGAUCGAAAAUUUUAGUUUCGAUUAGUAUGCUGGAGCUGUGAAAUUCUUAUCGAUCGAGUUUCGAAGCUUUUCUGAACGUGAAAUUGGGCGUUUGAAAGCUAGGGGUCUGAUUCCUUUCUUCAGAUUAUGCUGAUUGCUGACAUUGCUGUAUCAUCCGAGUAAAAGAGUGGUACUUUCUAAACAAUCUAGUGUCAGUUUACAAGCUAAAGAAUGGAUUCCCAUGGAACAAGUGAUCUUGAAUUAAAUAACCUCCAUGAGGAGAAUAUUACAGGUAACAGAAGCUCCAUUAUCCCAUCUGAAGAAAGUGUAUCUGACUUUUCUUCUAAGCAAGAAAACCAGGAAAGUAAUAUGAAAGUGAGUCCUAUGAGCCAACACGAUGAGUUGGCUGAAAAUCUAACGAAGGCCCGUGAUAAGGAGAGGAGCUCUAUGAGCCAAAUUAUAUCCAAUACUGGGCAACUUGACAGCAAGUAUUCACCUGAUGAAGUAGGACAGUCAAUUUAUGAUCAUAGUAAUUUCCAAUAUCAUGACAUCCCCAGUCCUGCUGUAUCUGGUGAUAGGUUACCUCAGUGUGCAGGGGAGUCUAAUAUUGGGAAUGGAGAUCCAGGUCAUCAAAUAUCUAGGACUGAGGGAUGUGACUCUUCAUUAGUUGUUGACAAUGAUGAAGAGAGUACUAUUUUGGAUCCACAUAUAAGCACUAUGAAUAUUAGUGGGGCACUGUCUCCCCAAAAUAUAGUGGCUGAUAAGAAGGGAGAUUCAGUUGCCAGGAAUUGUGAAGAAAGGAAGUACUUCUAUUAUGAAACACCGCUUUGUGAAGACACGGGAGCUUGGAUACCUGUAUCUGUCCCUCCGAUGACUGAAAAUGAUCGUGAAGAGUGGACCCGAGGAUGCUGCUCAAAUGGCGGUUAUAUUCCAGAAGAAGAUAUGGGCUGGAAUCAAUACAUUGGUGAAGAUAAAGAAUUGACCAUGUGGGAUGUGGUGGUGGAGAUGUUACUUGUAGCACGUGGAAAGUUGAAUUCUCUUGCUUCUGGGGAUAUUGUUCGAAUUUCGUUGAUGUCCACCCAGUUAGUUGAGCAAGCAUGGAAAGAAAUGGCUCAAACCCUGACAGAGGCCAAUUUCAGCAACACCCAAGAAAUUCUUGAAUCAGAGCCACCCAAAUGGCUGCCUGAUAGCUCUGCUUCUUCCUGUAUGCUUUGUAGUGUGCGUUUCCAUCCUAUUAUGUGCACAAGGCAUCAUUGCCGAUUUUGUGGAGGUAUCUUUUGCAAUGAGUGCACCAAGGGAAGGAGCUUAUUGCCUGAAAAAUUUCGUACCGGAGAUCCACAAAGAGUUUGUGAUGUAUGCUGUGUGCGCCUCGAGUCUGUGCAACCUUAUUUAAUGAAUCAAGUGAGUCGUGCUGCACAGUUCCCAACUCAUGAUUUGACAGAUUUGAGCACUUUAAGAUCCUGGGUGAAUUUUCCAUGGGGACAGUCAAUGGAGUACGAGAUUUACAAGGCAGCAAACACAAUCUGCAGCUAUGCUAGGUUUGGUUUGAGACAAGAGAAGAGAAUUCCAGAAGCCGUUUUGCGAGAUGCAAAGGGGCUUGCAAUACUUACAGUUGUGAAAGUUGGAGCUGUGGUUACCUAUAAUGUCGGAACUGGAUUGGUGGUUGCUCUUAGGGAAGACGGAUCAUGGUCUCCACCCUCUGCCAUUUCUUCCUUUGGUGUAGGCUGGGGAGCACAGGCAGGAGGAGAGUUAACUGACUUCAUAAUCGUGUUGAGAACAUAUGAUGCAGUGAAAACCUUCUGCGGUGAUGCACAUGUCUCGAUUGGAGCUGGUGCGAGUGCUGCUGUAGGAAUCAUAGGACGUACUGCAGAAGCCGGUUUGAGAGCUGGUGAUGGUGGAUAUGCUGCUUGUUAUACAUACAGCUGCAGUAAAGGUGCAUUCAUUGGGUGCUCUCUUGAGGGAAGUGUGGUCACAACUCGCGCACGAGAAAAUUCCAGAUUUUAUGGUAGCCAAUCACUCGGUGCAGCGAAAAUUCUUCUUGGUUCAUUACCUCAGCCACCUGCGGCGGCCAUUCUUUACCGUGCACUGGAAGACUUGUAUGGGCAGAUGGAGAGAUGAUUGUAUAUAUUAUGGUGAAAAAUGGACAGUCUCAAGAGGAGUUUGCAGUCCCCUAUCAUUGCACAGAUCACUUUGUAAAGAUUUAUGUGGGACAACUUGAUCUGGACUAAAGUUGUUACCACUAAUUCAUAGCUGUAUGUAAAAAUAGUUGGUGUGGAGAGCUGGUCGAAAAUGGUUGGGGCGUAUGGAUAGAAGGAUGAUGCACAUACGAAGAAAUGAUACGCCAAACUGUAAAUUACUAUUUUAAUCACAGUUUCGAUGAAUGCUGUUAAUAGAAAAUAUAUUUGAUGUUUAA